CCAAAGCUUGAGGAUGGUAACGACUAACGACUAAUGAAGACCACUAACACUCGUGGUCUUCUCCUCCAACCGUGUCAUUCUCCCUCUCCUCCACUUCUCAUACUCCACCACCACCACUACCACCGUCAACAACCACCAGGGAGUUGGCAGCCACGCCUCCAGCUCACGUCCACCGCAACCACUACUAUACCGUACAACCAUAAUCUUCUUCUCCAGCCAGUGCUCCAAAUUUGCAGGUGUCGCAGGUGGGACUCCAAUGCAGAGUCUUUCAGAACCCGGAACUUCAAUCAUAAUUUUGAUGAAGAAGAAGAUGAUGAUAAUUAUGAUGAUGACACUGGAAAUGAUGACAUUGUGGAACAAGGGCUGGGGGUUCUUGAAGAUUAUAUUGACAGUAUUUGGAUUAUUAAGGUCUUCAGAUCGUUUGGUUGGGCACUUCCCUUCAUCCUUGUUUCAAUACUGCUAGCAACUGGUCUGAAAGCAUUUCUUAUGGCUUUAGCGCUUCCUCUUGGGCAGUCUACUUUUUCAUUUGCAAUCCAAAAGAUGCGGGAUGGGAAAGACAAGAGACCAAAGCGCAAGACCAAGACUAAGAGUAGAUCAUAUCCCCGAUCUUCAAGAACUGUCGAGCGGGGUAAAGAAAAAAGAGCAACGAAUCCAGGAAAGAAAAAAGCAAAGAUGGGGUAUCAAUCAUGGGUUCCUGGACAUCAUGAUUCAACUGAUCAAGUUGAAAAGAAUGCACCAACAUUUGGCGGAUGGGAUGAGCUAGACGGUUUGAGUGAGUUUGAUAUAGGAUCUUCAAGUAGUUCAGGUCAAAGUGUAGGCAAAUCAAAGAAUUCACCUCCAGAGAACGGUAGGUUGAGUAUGAGAACUGAGAAAAGUGAUACACCUUUGUUGUUGAGAUUGCUCAUCGCGGUUUUCCCAUUUUUGGCUAAGAUGCUGUAGUUAUAGGGGAAAAAAAAAAUCUUGAAUCUGCAGCACUAUUUGGUGUCAUUUCCCGCAUAUUUCACUUUGGUCAGUGAAACCUAAAAGACUGGGAAAGACAAGUUACAAGCAAUUUUACAAUACAUACAUGUAGGUACGGUUAUGAAUCUACAAUGAAACCUUGGGUUUGUAGGAUGACUUCAAGGCUAUGUUUUGGUAUC